AAGUUCGGAGCGUACGGUUGUCAAGUUUUCGGUCGCCUGCGUGAUUUUCCCUUCUCCGAUUUCAGCACUCUUCCCGCAAACACACACACUCUACACACACUCGCUAACGGGACAGAAAGAGAGGGUGGAGAGCGGAAAGAGGAGGCUUUCGACUUUCGCUCGAAUUUCUCGAUUAUUGUUAUUGUUGUUGCUGCUGCCUCACCGUAGUGUAUAUACCACAUACCCACUGCACUGGUAUUGGUAUUGCUGACUCUCGGUGACUUUACUGUGUGCGUGUGUGUUUUUUCCUGGAAGUUCGAAGUUCGAACUUCGAAUUCUCUUUUUCCGUCUGCGAAAUCGCUGAAAAAAAGACCGUUACCGUUGGUGGAAUCACUAGAAUCACUCGAAUCACUACCAUGGCCGACAACAACAACUGCCCCAAGUGCAAAAAAUCGAUCGGCGCCAAAGAGGCGGCGGCCACGAGCAUCGGAUGCAGUGGCGAGGACUGCCGGCGGAGGUUCCACCGCUCCUGCGUGAACAUCGACGACGCGGUCUACGAGGCGAUCCAGAAGAACCCGAUGAUCUCGUUCCACUGCGAGGAGUGCAAGAAGGACUCGGCGCCGCGUGGCUUUGCGGCCAAGCUGCAGACCAUCGAGGAGAAGGUCAACAAGGUGUGCAACGGGGUCAACCAGAUCCAGGGCAGGAUGUACCAGCAGUACUUCCAGUUCGGCAACCAGCCGCUCCAGGCCCUGGGAGCCACUGCAGCCGGAGUGGGUGGCGGAGUGGGCGGAAUGCCUGGUGGACUCGACGGCAAGAAGCAUCCGCAGCAGAACAACCUCAUCGUGGUGGGCAACAACUGCAAUUCGGAUCGAUUGCAGGUGGUCUGCGACUACGGACGAUGGGUGCAGGUGGGCAAGUUUGCCACGAACACGAGCGAGGAGGAUGUCAUCGAUCACCUGGCCGAGGAGCUGAAGAUCAACAAGAACCUGGUCAAGUGCACCAAGCUGGUGAAGAACGACGCCAACCUGUCGCAGCUGUCGUACUGCAAGUUCAAGAUCUCCAUUCCGGACUACCGCUUCAACGAGCUCUUCAACGAGGCCAUCUGGCCCAGCGGCGUGAUGGUCAGCCCCUUCACCCCGCGCUCCCAGCUCAACCAGAAUCGCCUCUAGAGGGACGGGCCCGGCGGCCGGGAGAGCGGUGACCGGGCGAGGGUGAAGCAGUAAGGAGGAG